AGAGGAGAGGAGGAGGAGGAGGAGAUGAUGGAGUAUUAGAGGAGAAGUAGAGCAAGAAGAAGGAAUAAGAGAAGGAAGGAAGAGGAAGUAGGAAGAGAAAGAGAACAGACUUAAGACGAUUAAAGGAAUAGACGGGAAUUAAAAUAAAUAAAAUAAACAAAUCCGGAUUACGUCGUCUUCUGUCACUCGACUCUGCUCGCUCCACUCCUCGCCUCCUUCUUCUUCCCUUCUUCCUCUACAUCAUCUGCUUCUUCUACUUCCUUUAUAACUACUCUAUAAACCACUACUCUCACCAUGGGCGGCUUUUCUUACACAUUCAAAUGGCCCGCUGAUCCACCCGCAAACGAAGUCUACGUCACCGGCUCGUUCGACAACUGGUCAAAGUCCGCUCCACUCGUCAAGGAAACCGACGGCUCGUGGACGGUUUCAGUCCCUCUUCCUAAAGAGAAGAUCACUUACAAGUUUGUCGUCGACGACCAGUGGCUCGUUGACCCCAACGCAAAGAUCGAGCGGGACUCGUCCGGCGUUGAGAACAACGUUAUCGACGAAUCUGACGUCUCGGCUCUAUCCUCAUCCUCUGGCGUCAUCCCCGAGAGCGGCAUCCCCAUCGCUGCUGCCGCCGCUGCUCCUGCUCCUGCUCCCACCGCCACCGCUGACUCCUCGUCGUCUGAGGCUACCCCUGCCGCGCCUGCUGCAGACAAAGAGACGUUCACGACCGAAGACCACAUCAACGCCCUCAACGCCGCGCCGGGGAUCGUCAUUCCCUCAAACAUAGCCCAGAUCCCCUACACAAACUCAGAGACUAACAAAGGCACCAGCACGAGCACCACCGCCGCUCCCGAAUCGCUCAACGCGUUUAGCGCAGCUCCGGGCCCCGUGCUUCCUAAUAACCCGCAGAUGCUAGCUGCGUUCGACAAGAAAGAGAACGAGCCAAGCUCGACGACCGCGCCCACGCCGACUACGACUGCCGCAGAGCCCACGGCCGCGGAGACAGCGCCGUCGUCAGACGCGGGUGCUACUGCGCCAGAGGCGACGCCGACUGCUGCUGCUGCUGCGUCGCCAGCUUCGAGUGAGGCAAAGAAGCAGAAGUCUUCUAUUUUCGAUAAGACCUCCUCGAACACGCCGACGACGAAGAUCGACAGAGCCGACUGGACCGGGAUCGCGUUUGCGGCGGCGGCGGCGGCGGUGCUGCUUAUUGCGGUUGCGGCGGGGUAUCGUUACUAUUACUGAGCGCUUCUGUUACUGAGUGGUUGGGAUUUGCUUGAGAUGAUGUAGAUGUUGCAUGUAGUAUGUUUAAGAGUGAAUAUUAGGAUUAUUCAUAACUAAUAAAACAAGAUAAGGAAUACAAAAU